AUGGGAUCACUGAUGUGCGACAACUGCAAUAUGACAAGAGCCAUUGUUCACUGUGAGGAUCAUUUGGCUAGGUUUUGUUUUCAGUGCGACUUGACUUUGCACUAUGUGACUGUGGAUAGUCCCGAUCACUCGCGGUUUCUGCUGUGCAAUAACUGCGUUUCGCAGACCGCGGCUGUCCAGUGCCAUGACCAAGGAUUGUCCCUAUGCCAAACAUGUUUUUCAAAUGCCAAUGACGCCUCACGUAUUCUUCUUUUUAAAGUUUCUAAUAAUAAUUCGGGUUAUAGUUUUUCACCACUUUUCGAUCUUGAUUCCUCUUCCUCCUCUUCUUCAUCUCCUUUCAUUGAUCCCAAUUGGGGAUCUCCAUUUGUCCCGUUACCUCCCAAUUAUGGAGACUCAUCAUCAUCUUAUGGAAUUUUUCAAAAUUUUUACAAUUAUACAAAGAAUAGUAGUGAUCAUCAAGUGCAAAAGCUUCAACCCGAUUAUUUGGACAUUCCUAAGGAUAGUUCAUGUUCAGGCUUUGAUUCUUACAAAACUAAAGAGAUAGAGAACAUCUGUUUGAGCAAUUUUGACGACUACAAGGCACUAUUCGACCUAAAAGAAUGUUUCACCGCGGAUGAGUUGAUCCUAACUGAUCAGUUAAUCGAUAGAAUAAUAACGAAACACAAUGCAGACACCAAGGCAGAGAAGGUUAUACCAUCUCUGUCAUCGGUUAUGUCAUCAGUAACACACAAGGAUUACAACACUGAAGCUUUGGCUAAUGCAAGUUGUGAAGAUUACAAGAAGAAUCAAAUGAUUUGCGCAAAGGCAAAGGACGAGAUCAACAAUAAUGUGGAAAUCUUCCCAAACGCUUUGACUCAACUUGAUCGUGGCCCAUCGCAGUUGAUUCUGACAGAUGUCCAUGAUAUGUCACUAUGGGACGAUCAAACACCUGCAUCUCGUGCAUAUGAUCCGCAAGCACGAUUAGAAGCAUUGAAGAGAUACUUCGCAAAGAAGGAGAAACACAAGUAUGAAUUAUUAUGA